AUGCGUCUUCAAAAUGUCUCUAGCAGCGUCCGCAGAAGAGGCUACAAGAACGGGUACAGUGCCAAAGUGAAGGAGCAUGAGAGAUUGGCCAAGCUGAUGCAUGUUUCCGAUCAACGGAAGUCCCGGUGGCGAUGUAAUUGUGUUGCUUUUCUUCCAUGCCCUCUGUUUUAUGAAGAAGAGAAUGGUAAUGGAAAAUAUCAAGCACAAGAGAAUUAUCAUGACCAUAUUUGUAACGACCUUGACCCAAUAUGGGAAAGCCCAUUUGUAUUUUUUGAACUCCCAAUCCCAAAAUCUCCUUUUCAUUUUAUUUUUGUCCCACAUUGGAAGUUUAGAAAACCUUUCUCCAUUCUCUUCUCCUAUAUAAGGAACUCUACCCUUUCUUUUCAUUCUCAUCAAGUCAAAGUAUUUCUUUGCACGUGACGAGUUGUUGUUGAAUUAUAUGACGACCAGUCACUAGUGAAUUUUUCCGGUGGGAUUUCCGGGUGAGCUUCCGGCGAGCUUCCGACGGGAUUUCUUGACGAGCUUCUGGUAAAUUUUUCUAGUAAGUUUGUCGCCUCCUUAUUUCUAGUUAUAGGAAUAUUUUAGGAAAGUUUCUAGUUUAGGAAAUAAGUUAUUUUAGGAAAGUUACAAUUUUAGGAAAGUUUCUAUUUUAGGAAAGUUUCUAUUUAGAGGAAGUUACUAUUUUUAGAAAGGUUCCAGUUUAGGAAAGUUUCCAUUUUUAGAAUCUUUAUUUCCUAAGACUCUGAGCCUAAACCGUUGAUACUCGUGUUGCAUUUGA